UAACCCAAAGCACCUCCGCAAUAGCUAUGCGCAAAGAGGUUUGCUCGAAAACUUGACAUUGAACCAAUCGACCGAUAUGAACUCGAGGCACUCCCAAAAGCUGCCAAACACCGUGCGCGACGUCUAAAUAAACCAUGUCACGCGUCCCGCGAGGGGGUCCAAAUGGGACGGGGGGGUAUACAAACGGUUAUGGUGGUUACGGCCAGGGAAACGACGACAGUUACGAAUCUUCGAGACGGCCCAGCGGGGACGAUCGACGCCGAGAACGUCGGCCGGGAGGCUACGGGGGUUUUUCUGAGAAUGAUCGUGAACAAGAGAGGCGGCCAGGAGGUUAUGGAGGGUACGGUUCCCGCCCUCCACCUCAGGAAGACAGUGAACAACGCCGGCCAGGGGGUUACGGAGGAUACGGUGGCUUCUCUCAAUCUACAGAGGAGUCUUCCCACGUUGCGCGACCUACCAGCCUCGAGCGGUCCGAUGCUCGUCGCCGGAGCGGAACAGCUAGCAAUAGCCGGAGUAGAAGUAGACCAGGUGCUGGUCGAUAUGGACCUGGAAGUCAGCAAAUGGAAGAGAUUCUCCAGGAGAUUCAAGACGAGUUCGAAUUCAUGACAAAUGACCAAUGCGUACCAAUCGAUAUUGCACUCAAAUUUAUGGAUUCGAGCUCGCUCGGUCUUGCGAAUCAGUACUCAGACUUCCGACGAACAUAUCAAGAGCUUCAGCGUGGUCUCAAGACCAUUGUGAACGAGCACCACCAGGGUUUCAACAGCUCUAUUGGUACAUUCCACAAGAUCCAGACGACACUUCAGCAAUCACAGCACCGCGUUAGGAACCUGAAGGACUCCUUAACGCAGGCCAAAACCCAACUGUCAACAACUAAACCAGAGCUGAAGGAGUUCGCCAUGACCUCCCAAAACUAUGAUGAGAUGAUCCAAGUCCUCAAUGUCAUCGAACAAUUACAACUCGUGCCAGAUAAACUGGAAGCUCGCAUUUCCGAGAAAAGAUUCCUUUCCGCUGUUGACAUCCUUCAGGAUGCGCUUCGUAUGAUCCGCAGGUCGGAGAUGGAAGGGAUUGGCGCUCUCAGCGAUCUGCGCAUCUACUUGAGCAACCAGGAACAUUCCCUCACAGAUAUUCUGAUUGAGGAGCUGCACAAUCAUUUGUACCUCAAAUCUCCUUAUUGCGAAGACCGGUGGAAGGCGUAUGCUCAAAAUCAAGCCAAGUCAGAUGUCACAGAACGUCCACAAGCAGACGCAAAGGAUCGGUUGCUAUAUCAUUUCCUCGAUAGACUGGACACCUCUGAGCAAAUGACGGACGAUUCACCUCGGAACCCAGAAGCGGACACAUUCCAGUACAUGCAACUAGUAGUUGAAUCGCUCAACAAGAUGAAUCGCCUAGAUCUCGCGAUCGACACUAUUGAGCAGCGAUUACCAAUUGAAUUGUUCAAAGUCGUUGAGAAAUCGAACAACGAGGUUGCCCAAAGACAUCCGACAGUCAUCAGGGCGUAUGCUGCGAAGAAGGGCACAUCAGUUGACCUUGGUCCAAACGGGAAUGACCUUCGCUCAGGGCUUCUGAAAGAUCUUCUGUGGACAUUGUAUGCUCGUUUCGAAGCGAUUGCUGAGAGCCACCGAGUAGUCCAUGACGUCGUCAUGGGUAUCGUCCGCCGAGAAGGUGCAUCGUCCGGAACUACCUUGACCCGUGGUUUCAAGGAGUUAUGGAAGUUAUACCAAAGCGAAAUGCGCUCGCUACUACAUGACUACCUUGCCACUGAUGGUGAUCUAGCUUAUCGAGGCGGACAAGGACAGACCCAAAGUGGAAGCGUCUUUUCACGUGGUCCUCGUGACAAGAACAAGCCCAUGUUCAAGCUCUCCGACAUGGACAUCAAAUCGACAGAGCUCAUGACGGAGAGAGAAGAUCUGGAAUUCAUUUUGAAAUCUUCCGUACCAGGUCUGGUGUCUGACUCCAAGCAGCCAGAUGACUUGAGCACUGCUGCCCAUGUCAACCUUGAUGGUAGCGCGACUGGUCACAAGUUGCUCAUUGAACCGAGUGUCUUUAAUAUGGGCAUUCUUCUGCCACCAUCUCUGGAAUUCCUGAAUCGUCUCAAAGAAGUUGUUCCGCCAGGUUCGGACAUUGUCAUGAGCACUCUGACCUCGUUCCUCGACGAUUUCCUUGUCAACGUCUUCCAUCCGCAGCUUGACGAAACCCUUAUUGAAAUGUCUUCACAGACUUUUAUCGACCUGGAUGCAUUCCAACAAGAGCCACAAUGGGCCAGAUUCGCCAAGAAACCAAUAUUCAAGGGAACGGCCCAAUUCCUGGCGUUGAUCACUGCAUUCUGCAAGAUGCUUGAUAGCUUACCCCAUGACCAAGCAUUCAGCCAACUUAUCAUCACCCAAAUGAAGACAUACGCUCAAAAGUGUAACGGUUGGUAUAAAGCUCUCGUCAGUAGGAGUGAGGCAACGGAGAGCGGUCGCCGCAUGAAAGCCUCUGCCGCUUUUGCCAAUUCUGAAGAGAUGAAUGAAGUCAUCACCUCUCUAUUCCAGGCAGAUGCGCCACAGUACAGCGAACUUUUGGAGAAGGAAAUCUCGAUGCUUCUCAAAGAAGUUGAGAACGAUCCGCUUGAUGAUGCCGACAUCAUUCGAGACAAGAAGAGUAUCACAGGACUCUGUCUGCUGUACACGAGCAUGAAAUGGCUAGCAACCAAGAUCGCGCAACUCCGCCAUAUUAGCGAGGUCGUGACGAAUUCCACGCAGUCAGAAGCGGGCAACCAGCGCCAGAACCGCCGCUGGACGCAUCUUACAUCCACCGAACCCAGUGCAGAAGGCCUGUCGGUCUACCUCCCUCUCAACAAGGAGACCGCGAAUGAAUUCGACCAAGUAGUCCUAAGCUUCCAAAGCCUCAGCAACACCGCUCUGAAGAACCUCCACCUAGAAAUCAGGACACAGAUCAUCUACUCCCUCUACCGCACAGUCAAGACCGACUACAAUCUCGACAUGCUACUCACAGAACCCGACCCCGCGGUCGUCUCCCUGAACAACGCCCUCAUCAGCUUCGACGGCGAAGUCAGCACUUUCAUCCCACCCUCGCAGUACAAGCUCAUCACGACCGGCCUCUCUCCCCUCAUGGACCUCCAACUUCUCUCGCUCUCGAAAGGCAUCGAGUCCAUGAACGCAAACGGCUGCGCGCACAUGCAGCUCAACACGCUCGUGCUGCAGCAGAACCUCAAGAACAUCGAGUCGAAGGCGGACUUGCAGUACUCCGCGAUGUUCUUCGACCUGUUUACCAGCGGCGCGGACGCCAUCGUCUCCAGGGCGAAGAAAGACGGUAAGGGCAUGGGUUUGGAAGCGAAGGGUGGAGAGCUGUUCGGAUACGACACCGUGAAGAAACUCAUAGAGCUGACCUACUCGGAGAAGCUGGUUAGCGAGAGGAGGGAGGUCGGCGUGCAGGCUAAGAGGCAGCUGGAUGCGCAUCUUUUGGAAAUUAGCGAGGCUUUGUAUUAGUAUUAGUUAGGUCGCGCGAGAUAUCAAUGAUGAGGCGUUGUCGAGCUAUGAUGGUUAUGUUUGCGAGGCAAGAUCAUGAUGUGAUGGGGUAUGCAUGAUUUGGAAUUCACUUGGAUUCUUUCAUGUCAGGCGUGAUAUAUAUUCAUCGUAACGAGAAGAAAAAAUGCAUUCAGGUAUC